CCAUCAGCUUAUACAUCCUCUUCUAGCCAAAAUGAAGCAAACCAUGUCUUCUAAGUACUUGCUAGUGUUGCUCCUAGGAGCCGCGCUUUUUGCCGCCACCGUCUUCUGCGACCUCACGCCAACGAAAGGGCACAAACCUCCCCACAAGCACCCCCCUGUCGGGGGUCGCCGCCUCCUCGAGAACGUCCAAGUUGACGACUCACAAAAGCCCUUCCCCAAACCCAAGCCCCCGCACCACCCUCCUGAGCACAUCCUCGUUGAAGAGGCCGAACAGGAGGACUCCCACAAGAAGCCGUUCCCCGGCAAGAAACCGCCCCACCACCCUGGCCACAUGCUCGCCGAGGAAGUGGAAGAGGACACGAAGCCGCCGAAGAAGGGGAAGGGAGGCAAGCCACCACACGAGGGGCACAUUCUCGCAGAGGAGGUGGAAGAGGACGCGAAGCCGCAGAAGAAAGGGAAGGGAGGCAAGCCACCGCAUGAGGGGCACAUUCUCGCAGAGGAGGCGGAAGAGGACGCGAAGCCGCCGAAGAAAGGGAAGGGAGGCAAGCCACCGCACGAGGGACACAUUCUGGCAGAGGAGGUGGAAGAGGACGCGAAGCCGCCCAAGAAAGGGAAGGGGGGCAAACCACCACACAAGGGGCACAUUCUAGCAGAGGAGGUGGAAGAGGACGCGAAGCCACCCAAGAAAGGGAAGGGAGGCAAGCCACCGCAUGAGGGGCACAUUCUCGUAGAGGAGGUGGAAGAGGACGCAAAGCCGCCGAAGAAGGGGAAGGGAGGCAAGCCACCGCACGAGGGGCACAUUCUCGCAGAGGAGGUGGAAGAGGACGCGAAGCCGCCAAAGAAAAAGGGGGGCAAGCCACCGCACGAGGGGCACAUUCUCGCAGAGGAGGUGGAAGAGGACGCAAAGCUGCCGAAGAAGGGGAAGGGAGGCAAGCCACCGCACGAGGGGCAUAUUCUCGCAGAGGAGGUGGAAGAGGACGCGAAGCCGCCGAAGAAAGGGAAGGGAGACAAGCCACCGCACGAGGGGCACAUUCUCGCAGAAGAGGUGGAAGAGGACACUAAGCCGCCAAAGAAGGGGAAGGGAGGCAAGCCACCGCACGAGGGGCACAUUCUCGUAGAGAAGGUGGAAGAGGAUGUGAAGCCGCCGAAGAAAGGGAAGGGAGGCAAACCACCGCAUGAGGGGCACAUUCUCGCAGAGGAGGUGGAAGAGGACGUGAAGCCGCCGAAGAAAGGGAAGGGAGGCAAGCCACCGCAUGAGGGGCACAUUCUCGCAGAAGAGGUGGAAGAGGACACUAAGCCGCCAAAGAAGGGGAAGGGAGGCAAGCCACCGCACGAGGGGCACAUUCUCGUAGAGGAGGUGGAAGGCCCUGAGAACGAGCCACCGAAGAAAGGGGAGGAGCCAAAGAAGGGGAAGGGAGAGAAGCCGCCGCACAAGCCUCCGACCGAGAGCUGAGUGUGCCGUAGAUGAUGUGUCCCUGCAUGUGCUCAUUAUGCAUUAGGAAUAAGAGCCACGCUGAUCCGAUUAUAUGUACACUAUCAGUGCGAUUUCUCAAGUCUUACUGAAUGGACAGUCUUGUAUCGCUACUCUCUCGUUCUCUGGCUCGUCUUUUAGUUAUGUUCUGUUUUGGAGUUGGCUCUUUGGCUUUGUGUCGGUUGUACUAGACCUUGGACGAUGUAGAUUAUUGCGUGUAAUCCUAUGCUUCUCCAAUGUUA